AUGAGCGAUCGAACAUGUCAAUAUUCCAAGGACAACCACUAUCGGCCACCUUUGGAGACAGUCUACGAGGCAGAAGAUGCAUUGUGCACAGAAUGUUUUAGCCAUGAAAAUUGUACAAUAGUAGUACCGAAGAAGAAUUGGCAAUCUGAACAAAUUAGUCCUGGUUAUGUGAGAGCCUCUGAACAAACUGAAAUUAACUUUGUGGUAGACGAUGUUCCAACCACGACCAACUACACUGUUGUCAUUCGGUACAGCACUCAAACGCCUGGAGAUUGGGAAGUAGGCACAAUCACGAUGAUUCGACCAAAUGAAUCUGAUCCACAAGAAGUAUGUGCUGAAACUAAUUCUUCCAACGAAACUCGUCUACCCUUCCGUUUUCCUGGAGAUCAAACGGAAGUUGACGGUCUAAAAGACAUUUUCCUGGAAGGAGGGGAAACGUAUCGCUUUAAAAUUCACUUUGAGAGACACAAUGCAACUCAUGAUAAUCCUGAAGCUCAGAUCUUUGUUGAUUCGCUUGUGCUUGUUCCCGUGAUUGAUAUUGAGAGGAUGUUUCCUGAAAGGCUAAGAGGCAUGGUAGAAGAAUGCAAAACACUCUACAAUCUUAAUUUUGAUACUACAGUUUCGGCACAGUGUAAAUUUAUUAGCUUGAUUGCUAGAACAAUUGUUUACAAUGGAGCCAAACCAUGUAAUUGCAAUCCAAUAGGGUCGAUAAGCUACCAAUGUGACGAUAGAUUUGGCGGACAAUGUCUUUGUAAGAUGAACGUUAUGGGAAGACAGUGUGAUAGGUGCGUUCCAGAAACGUACGAUUUCAAUUCCCAAGGAUGCACAGAAUGCGAUUGCAACAGCAUUGGAUCUCAGGACAAUAACUGUGAUUUGAUAACAGGACAAUGCAAAUGCAAACCUAAUGUCUACGGCAUGCACUGCGAUCAAUGUCUUCCUGGCUUUUGGAAUUUCCCGAACUGUGAGAAGUGCCAGUGCAAUGGACAUUCUGACACCUGUGACUCAAUCACAGGAAAGUGUCAGAAUUGUCAGGACUUCACCACUGGCAAUAAUUGCGACUGGUGCAUUAACGGCUUCUACGGAAAUCCACUGGAAGGCAGUGAAAUCGGCUGCCAACCAUGUCGCUGUCCAGGGACUUAUGAAUCUGGCGAAUCUAAUGCUUACGGAUGCACUCUCGAUCCCGAAACAAAUGAUAUACUCUGCAACUGUAUAGAAGGCUAUACAGGACCGAAAUGCGAUGCCCGUGCUGAGGAUUAUUACAAAAGCAAUGAGACGAAUGGUCUUUCUCAGCAAUGCAUACGUAAGACUGAUGAGCAGCACGCAGUGUCUUCUGAUAAUCAUCGGUGCAAGCCUGAGACAUAUAGUACUGAGGACGAUCCGGAUGAAUGUCUUCCGUGUGAUUGCGACCUUGGAGGGGCUUUGGACAACAACUGUGACGUGGAGACGGGUCAGUGCAGAUGUAGGCCAAACAUGAGCGAUCGAACAUGUCAAUAUUCCAAGGACAACCACUAUCGGCCACCUUUGGAGACAGUCUACGAGGCAGAAGAUGCAUUGUGCACAGAAUGUUUUAGCCAUGAGAAUUGUACAAUAGUAGUACCGAAGAAGAAUUGGCAAUCUGAACAAAUUAGUCCUGGUUAUGUGAGAGCCUCUGAACAAACUGAAAUUACCUUCGUGGUAGACGAUGUUCCAACCACGACCAACUACACUGUUGUCAUUCGGUACAGCACUCAAACGCCUGGAGAUUGGGAAGUAGGCACAAUCACGAUGAUUCGACCAAAUGAAUCUGAUCCCCAAGGAGUAUGUGCUGAAACUAAUUCUUCCAACGAAACUCGUCUACCCUUCCGUUUUCCUGGAGAUCAAACGGAAGUUGACGGUCUGAAAGACAUUUUUCUGGAAGAAGGGAAAACGUAUCGCUUUAAAAUUCACUUUGAGAGACACAAUGCAACUCAUAAUAAUCCUGAAGCUCAGAUCCUUGUUGAUUCGCUUGUGCUUGUUCCCGUGAUCGAUAUUGAGAGGAUGUUUCCUGAAAGGCUAAGAGGCAUGGUAGAAGAAUGCAAAACACUCUACAAUCUUAAUUUUGAUACUACAGUUUCGGCACAGUGUAAAUUUAUUAGCUUGAUUGCUAGAACAAUUGUUUACAAUGGAGCCAAACCAUGUAAUUGCAAUCCAAUAGGGUCGAUAAGCUACCAAUGUGACGAUAGAUUUGGCGGACAAUGUCUUUGUAAGAUGAACGUUAUGGGAAGACAGUGUGAUAGGUGCGUUCCAGAAACGUACGAUUUCAAUUCCCAAGGAUGCACAGAAUGCGAUUGCAACAGCAUUGGAUCUCAGGACAAUAACUGUGAUUUGAUAACAGGACAAUGCAAAUGCAAACCUAAUGUCUACGGCAUGCACUGCGAUCAAUGUCUUCCUGGCUUUUGGAACUUCCCGAACUGUGAGAAGUGCCAGUGCAAUGGACAUUCUGACACCUGUGACUCAAUCACAGGAAAGUGUCAGAAUUGUCAGGACUUCACCACUGGCAAUAAUUGCGACUGGUGCAUUAACGGCUUCUACGGAAAUCCACUGGAAGGCAGUGAAAACGGCUGCCAACCAUGUCGCUGUCCAGGGACUUAUGAAUCUGGCGAAUCUAAUGCUUACGGAUGCACUCUCGAUCCCCAAACAAAUGAUAUACUCUGCAACUGUAUAGAAGGCUAUACAGGACCGAAAUGCGAUGCCUGUGCUGAGGAUUAUUACAAAAGCAACGAGACGAACGAUCCUUCUCAGCAAUGCAUUCGUAAGACUCGUGUGGAGCGCGAAGUGUCUUCUGAUAAUCCCGUUCAACCGGAGGCUGCUGUUGUGUACGGGCGUGAGAGGUCGCGCGUAUCGGCAGUAACUGUGAGAAAGCCUAAGACCUCGGAGAGUGUGUGA